AUCAGCGCCCUCCACCAGGCCUGCAUUGAUGAAAACAUGGAGGUGGUUGAAUUUCUGGUGGAAAAUGGAGCUGAUGUGAAUCAGGCGGACAAUGAGGGCUGGACUCCGCUGCAUGUUGCUGCUUCCUGUGGCUACAUUGAGAUUGCACAAUACCUCUUGGACCACGGUGCCAACAUUGCUGCGGUGAAUAGUGAUGGGGACGUGCCAUUGGACAUUGCUGAGGCUGACAACAUGGAGGCCUUGCUGCGAGCAGAAAUUGGGAAACGAGGGGUAGAUGUAGAGGUAGCCAAGCGAGAGGAGGAGGAAGUGAUGCUUCGUGAUGCUCGUCAUUGGCUGAAUGCUGGCAAAAUAUCUGAUGAGCCUCACCCCAAAACUGGGGCCACUGCCCUCCAUGUGGCAGCUGCCAAAGGCUACGUUGAGGUCAUGAGGUUGCUCUUACAAGCCGGCUAUGACACCAAUGUGCAGGACAAAGACGGCUGGGCACCCCUACAUGCAGCAGCUCACUGGGGAGUGGAGGAGGCUUGCCGGCUUUUGGCUGAGCACUUCUGUGAUAUGGAGGCACUUAACAAUGUGGGCCAGCGUCCCUGCGAUCUUGCAGAUGAAGAUACUUUGGCGCUGCUUGAAGAGCUGCAGCACAAACAAAAUGAUUUGCGCAGCAAGAAGGAAGCCCAUCGGCAGGCUGUGAUUGACACCAGCCUGGAACAGGCCCCCUCGUACACAAGCAAACAUCGAAGGAGCUCUGUAUGUCGCAUGAGCAGCAAAGAAAAGAUUUCUGUCCAAGACCAGUCAAAGGAGCGGAAGACCUUGGGUACCAUUGCUGUUGGCGAGGAGGAGACCAGUUCGGCUUCAGAGGGGGACGAAACACCAGAGACUAAUGAAGUGAAGGCUCUUCCCCCAGCAGACAGCAGUGCAGUGAAUGGAGUUUCUGUGACUCCCAUUAGGCCUCUGUCCCCUUGUCCUGUUGGGCAAAAGCAGUUCUCCGGAGGUUCCAGUCGCACCAUGGAGCCAGGGAGUUUGCCAGCUCCAGCCACGUGGAGACAGAGUCUGCGCAAAACAAGCAGCUUUGGUGUAUUGCAGGAUGCCAAGCUGGAUGAAGGGGUAUCCAAGGGGGGCAGCGGCAUCAAGCGCUCAGCAUCCAGUCCUCGGCUUGAUAUAGAGGAAAAGAACAAAGAGCCACGCCUGGCACGGGUAACCCCAACCCCCACUCGCCGGAUAUUUGCCCUCCCAGACACAGAACCCCACCGGGAUCCCCGGCGCACAAACUUAGAAGGUGGCCUUCAGAUGAAGAUAGAUACAGCCCCUGCCCCACACCAGCCCCCUUCUUCCACUGCCAUCAGCUCUAGCAUGGAUCCCCGGGACCGCCGAAGGUCGUACCAGACACCAGUGCGAGACGAAGAGUCUGAAUCCCAAAGAAAGGCCCGCUCUAGGCUCAUGAGACAGUCCAGGCGUUCCACACAGGGAGUAACCCUGACAGAUCUAAAGGAGGCCGAGAAGACCAUGGUCUGGGCCAGUGAUUCCAAAACUGCUUCAGAGCAAAGGAACAAGGAGGAUGAAAAGCGGGACAAAGAUGGGGAGCAGCAAUCUCAGGAGACUACGGACUCUUCUAGGCGAUUCCGGCUCCCCAGUUCAGACAGUUCUUCAGUUUAUACUGUGAAUCCGUUAGUGGUGAAUUCGCAGCUCCAAAAAGGCCCAGAAGUCGAGAAGGCUGGCUCCGAGCUGGAUACAGACCUUCGAAACAGACUGGCUAUCCGAGACCGCAGGAAAGGCCGGCGGGAGAGGCGCAUCACCGGCCUGGGAGGAAACUCAGAGGGGGAGGAAGAUGAAGACACUGAGCAAGUCCACAAUGAAGACCCAUCUGUACAUAGCAGUGAUCACUUAAACAGCCUUCUGCCAAACCGGACAGCACCUUCUAGCUGCCAGAGAGGGAGCAGCGUAUUGUCGGGCUGCCGAGAAGAACCGGAUAACUAUUACAAGAAACUGUAUGAAGAUCUCCUGAUUGAGAACGAAAAGCUGAAGGAACAGUUGCAGGAGGCACAGCUCCAGCUGACGCAGAUCAAGUUGGAGCUGGAAAGAGUGACCCAGAGGCAGGAGCGUUUUGCAGAACGGCCGGCUCUCCUAGAGCUAGAGAGAUUUGAGCGGCGAGCUUUGGAGAGGAAAGCUGCAGAGCUGGAGGAAGAAUUGAAGGCUCUUUCAGAUUUGAAGGCCGACAACCAGCGUCUUAAAGACGAAAACGCCGCUCUUAUUCGUGUGAUCAGCAAGCUCUCCAAGUGACCACCAGCUGCUGUCACUGUCCCCUGGUUUCUCUGUGAAGCAGGGACCUUCCUCCACACCCCACCACCAUGUGUACCGAGAUCCUGAGCAGGGACAGGAGAAAUACACGAGGAUAGGGGUGGUCACCUUCCUCUCACCACCCAGACACUCCAAAUGCGGACUGUUCUGAGGCUCAGCCAAAUAGGCAUCACCAACUAUUGUUUUCUCCAGAAGGCCACGUUUGUCUUGAGGCCUGCUUCUCCUCUCUUCUCCUCUCCUCUCCCGCCCCUUCCCCUUCCCAGAGACAGUAUUUAUUUUGUGGCUUCCUUCAGUGAUGCUCUUUGCUUUGUUGCUUUUCCUCCAGGGAACAAGGGGCGUAGGGAUGAUAGGAACCAGUCUUUCUGGGGACCCACAGGAGUGGGGUGGCCACCACUGUUGCUGUGGGGAAACAGGCCUUAUUGACAGCCAGGUCAUUAGUAUGUCCCUUACGGUUAAACCUGGCAGCCCAAGAGCAGGGUUAUUGAGUACUGGCCAUGCCACUGGGUGGGAGAAAUAUUUCUGGAUGUGGGUCUCAGCAUUGUUCCAUCAUCACCAUCCCGACUAGCGUGACCUGCAAGAGGCUGGCAGGCAUUAAUUGAUAGGGUGGAGGGUGGCAUCUGGUCUUUGUGAGCUGCUGGCCUAGAAGCUAAAAAAAGUGAGCAGUCAGAUUAAAACUGGGGCCCACAGCAGCCUUGGCAAAGCUUUGAGAGGUCCCUUGGCCGUUCAUCAGAGGAGACUUGAGAGUAGCGCCUGAUUAGCUGUGAGGAUGAGAAUGAAUUGUCAAUGGUGGGGCGGGAGAGGCAGCUUCAGAACUCUUGCUGCAGUCAUGCUGUGGAGGUUCUGCUCCUUUCUCUUUGCAUCCUAAUACUCAGGUGCAAGGAUUGUGUUGUCCCCUCUCUGGUUUUUGAAUGUCCAUAAAGUUAGGCAGACUUUUCAGAGUUGUACCUGGGCUUUCUUGCCUAACUCAGGGCAAAGGAAACCUGCCUCUUUCUUCCUUCUGCCAUUUGGACAAUAGCCUUCUGCCAACACUCAGCCUGGUGAUGAUGCUGGCACUAUCACCGCGAGGUUCGAAGCCAAUAAGAGAGGCCAUAGCCAAAGCCCACACUUGACAUGGUUACAUGAAUUGCCAGCCUUCACUCCUGCUUCUCCAGGAGCUGUACCUCCUUGACCUUUCAUUUUCUAGCUCCCUGGGCACCAUUUGUCUCCCAGAAGAAAUCUGGGGUUCCAGCUUAGUGGCUGUCCCAUAUUUCGCUUCCUGCACGCAUGCAAUCCAAUACUUUCAAUGUUAUAACUGAGGGCUAGAAGUACUUUCAAGUGAAACUGAGGGCUAGAAGUAAUUCCAAGAGAAAACGGGUCCAAAGUACUACCCUGAAAAUCCUGUUUGUGUGUGUGUGUGUUUUUCCUGCGCUAUCAUGAGCCAAGAUUCCUCUGCCAAAAUAAAUAAUCCCUUCCUUUUCUGCCAUAUCCUCCUCUUCCAACUCCCCACUUUUCUUCCCUCCAUCUGUCCUGGUCCAGGGACUCCCCCACCCCCUCCAAAAAUAUCUGUACAUAACAGAAGUAUUUUCUAUAUGGCUGCAUUACCAACAAAAACCAGAAGAAAAAUGCAGAAAAACUUAAAUGUGCAAUAUCGCAUGAGUAUUUUUUUUCCAAAGAAGUCUCUAUAUUGUACUUGUUUAUUCAGCAGCUCAGCUGCCAUUGUUUUAAAGAACAGGGAAUUGAAAUUACCGUGUUUGAAUAUAAUUAAAAAAAAAUUAAAAAUUGG